AUGUCUACAGAUGCAUCUGGUCAGACUGGCAACGUCCCUUCACCUGUUCCAUUCAUCAAGCCUGGUGAUCGAGUUCUGAUCGAUGGCGGCUCAGGCGGCGUGGGAACAUUUGCGAUUCAGUUCGCCAAGCUCGCUGGUGCGCAUGUCACGACUACGUGCUCGGGGAGGAACGUGGAACGCCAUUUAUCGCAACUGAAGAAGCAAUCCGAAUCCGCUGGACCUUUCAAUCUCAUUAUCGACAACAUCUGCAAUGACUUCGAUCUAUACUGGAAGAUGCACACCAUAAGCAAACCAAAGGCGAAGUACAUGAUGGUGGGUUGGGGACCGUCGCUGAGCUGCAUUGAUUUCAUCAUGCAGGCAACCUUCACUCGGGGCUUUCUGGGUGGUGGACAUCAUCAGCUACAGGUCUUUGCUGCAGGCAACAAGACAGAAGAGCAUGGCAAGAUCGCGACUUGGAUUGCGGAAGGCAAGGUCAAGCCUGUGAUCGAUUCGAAGUUCUUGAUGGAAGAUGCUGUGGACGCGUUCCGCAAGCUGAAGUCUGGCAGAGCAGGGGGGAAGAUCGUUGUGGAGGUGGCAGAGAGGUGA